AUGUUCUGUGGUGUCUGUCGGGGACAACCCAACCUGGCUGACAACUAUCUCAUGGAGAAGUUGAGGAAAGCCAAACAUUUCUCCAUCAUGAUUGAUGGGGCAACUGAUCGUGGCACCAUUGAAAAUGAAGCUGUCUAUGUCCGCUUCAUGGCAGACGAGGGUCCAGUAAAUGCUUUCCUCUCCAUUCCAGCUGUUAAGCAAGGAAAUGCUUCUGGGAUCCUGGAUGCCAUCUGUGCAGCAUUUGGAGAAGCUGGCAUUGAUGACUGGAAAGAACGGCUAGUGGGAUUUGGCGAUGGAGCAGCAGUCAAUGUCGGAUGCAGGAAUGGGGUGGCAGCGCAGCUUCUGAGGGACAUUCCAUACCUCAUCUCCAUACACUGUGUUGCUCAUCGCCUGGAGCUGGGUGUGACUAAAGCAAUUAACCCUCUGGGGUCUGAGGUCAAGAAAGCUGUCAAUCAAAAACUCAGUAACCAAUGA